CCAUAUUUCCGUUUCCGUUUCCAACAUGGCAGUACCUAAUACAUUGUAGUGAAUCAUCACAACCAAAACUGAUUUACGGUGUCUCUGGCUUUUUAAACUAAACACUUAACCAGAAUGGCCGCAUCAAACGAUACGGUUCUUGAUUUUGGUGAAGAAGAAUUUGAUCAAGCUCGUGUAUUGAAACAUCCUGUUGCUGUUGGGUUUCAUUUAGCCUUUCGGAUUGGGGCACUGUUAGCGUAUUUCCUCUGUGGCUGGUUCAGUGACAGCUUCAUUACAAAUUUUGUUAUUGUUGUAAUUUUGUUAUCUAUGGACUUCUGGACUGUUAAAAACAUUUCAGGCCGUCUAUUGGUUGGCCUCAGAUGGUGGAACUUUGUGGAUGAAGAUGGCAAGAGUAAAUGGAUGUUUGAAUCUCGUAAAGACAGGAAGGGAACUGUAACAGCCAUGGAGUCCCGUAUUUUCUGGCUGUCGCUGGUCAUCUGUCAGCUAUUAUGGAUUGUUCUCGUACUUGGGGCACUUUUAACAUUAAAAUUCAAAUGGGCCAUGGUGUCUCUCAUAGGGGUAAUAAUGAACGGCUCAAAUCUUGUUGGAUACAUUCGAUGUAAAUGGGGAUCCACACAGAAAAUGUCUGCAUUGGCAAAGAGCUUCCUCACCAGACAGGCCAUUAAAUCUAUGUUUACGUCCAGUAAGCCUAGCGGUGGCAGUGUUCAGCAGACAUGACCAGGCUCCAUCUCAUGACCUUAUCUUGUAACUGUAGGAAUGUGAUAAUGCCUUACAUAGGACUUGUAUGGGAACAUGACAUCAUGCAUCUUGGCACGGUAACUCAACUUGAGUUUGGGAUGUGCUUUAAAUGUUUUAUUGUUCAUCUGAGUACAUGUAUGCACCAUAUGAAAAAAACAGCAUAAUUGCUGUACAUGACACUUAAUGAAACAUAUAGGUUUUUUUAAAUGACAAUAUAGUUAGGCAACAGAACAACCAUCUUAUUAAUUGCUUUCAAAUGAAAAGUUUUACUUUAUGUGCUCCUUCUUUUCGUUCUUAAUAUCAAAUAACUGCUUUAGCUAUAUGUAUUCUAGAAAAGAACUUCAUGAAGGAACAAAUCUUUGCCACAUCAGAUUUAUGAACAAAUAUUAGCAACCUAAGGAGCUUACAUUAGAGGCAGUUGGAUUUUAAUUUUUGUCCGAAAUAAAAUAGUUUUUGUUACAAUCAUUUUGAAAUGAUACCCCAAGUGGGCAUAGCAGGAAGGUAAUGAUUGGUGUUAUCAAUUAUCGUAUCUUAGUGAUGUCUCCUGAAGCAAUACAUCCAACUUUGGGAGCUCUGUAUUUUGCUUGCUUACAGUUACUUGCUGCAUUUUAAUAAUUCAGUAUAUGGUGUCUGGCAAACAUAGGGUUGCUUCAUGGUUAUUUAUUAUUUUACUAAACAAUUGUAAUAUUAUUGCUGCAUUCCUUGCACUUACAUACAUAUAUUCGUGAGUACAAUCAUAGUACAAUCUUUACCAAUGCAAUAUAAUUUAUUAUCCCCACGUUUUUCGGAGAAAAAGUGGGGAUAUUGUAUUGAUGUGCGUCUGUCCGUCCAUCCGUCCAUCCUGGCCACCUGCUCCUCCUACACUAUAAGCACUAGAACCUUGAAACUUACAUACAUGGUAGCUAUGAGCAUAUGUGCGACGGUGACAGUGACGGAAUUUUGAUCUGACCCCUGGGUCAAAAGAUAUGGGGGUUGGGGCGGGGCCGGGUCAGAGAUUUUCACUCAUUUUUUAUAUUAUUUUACACUAACUUCUUCAUUUCUGCACCGAUUUACUUCAAAUUGAUACUGAGCCUCUCUUAUGACAAUAAGGUCAAUCUCAACUAUGCAUGGCCCCAUUACCAACCCUGGGGCGCCUCUGCCACAUAGGCCACGCCCACCCAAAAUUGCCUUUUACUAUAAUUUCUUCAUUUCUACACCGAUUCACUUCAAAUUGAUACUGAACCUCUUUUAUGACAAUAUGGUCAAUCUCAGCUAUGCAUGGCCCCAUUACCAACCCUAGGGCACCCCGCCCACAUAGGCCACGCCCAUCCAAAAUUGCCUUUUACUAUAAUUUCUUCAUUUCUACACCGAUUCACUUCAAAUUGAUACUGAACCCCACUUAUGGCAAUACGGUCAAUCUCAGCUAUGCAUGGCCCCAUUACCAACCCUGGGGCGCCCCGCCCACAUAGGCCACGCCCACAAAGGCCACGCCCACCCAAAAUUGCCUUUUACUAAAUUUCUUCAUUUCUACACGGAUUCACUUCAAAUUGAUACUGAACCUCUCUUAGGACAAUACAGUUAAUCUCAGCUAUGCAUGGCCCCAUUACCAACCCUGGGGCGCCUCUGCCACAUAGGCCACGCCCACCCAAAAUUGCCUUUUACUAUAAUUUCUUCAUUUUUACACCGAUUCACUUCAAAUUGAUACUGAACCUCUUUUAUGACAAUAUGGUCAAUCUCAGCUAUGCAUGGCCCCAUUACCAACCCUAGGGCACCCCGCCCACAUAGGCCACGCCCAUCCAAAAUUGCCUUUUACUAUAAUUUCUUCAUUUCUACACCGAUUCACUUCAAAUUGAUACUGAACCCCACUUAUGGCAAUACGGUCAAUCUCAGCUAUGCAUGGCCCCAUUACCAACCCUGGGGCGCCCCGCCCACAUAGGCCACGCCCACAAAGGCCACGCCCACCCAAAAUUGCCUUUUACUAUAAUUUCUUCAUUUCUACACGGAUUCACUUCAAAUUGAUACUGAACCUCUCUUAGGACAAUACAGUUAAUCUCAGCUAUGCAUGGCCCCAUUACCAACCCUAGGGCACCCCCCCCCCACAUAGGCCACGCCCACCCAAAAUUGCCUUUUACUGUAAUUUCUUCAUUUCUACACCAAUUCACUUCAAAUUGAUACUGAACCCCUCUUAUGGCAAUACAGUCAAUCUCAGCUAUGCAUGGCCCCAUUACCAACCCUGGGGCGCCCCGCCCACAUAGGCCACGCCCACAAAGGCCACGCCCACCCAAAAUUGCCUUUUACUAUAAUUUCUACACGGAUUCACUU